AUGUGGCUGGGAUAUACUGUUUCCAGCGGUGUUGACAACAGACCAGCUGAGACAACUGAAAGCGUAGCAGCAUUGAUAAAGGAAUCACAGAGGGAUGCAGUAGAACCAGCAUCCUCCCAAAUUUUGGACGACACAUCAGGUGAUACAAUUAUUUCUAGUGCAUGUAGGGCAGCUGUACCCAGCUAUGACAAUGAGUUAGGACAUAACGUCCCAAACAAUGUAAAAAUAAAGAUUGCCAAUGGGGAGUACAUUAAUUUAGGUAUACUGCUUAAUAAUGCCCCAGAAACUGACCCCAGUGAUGACACCAAAUAUUUUUCUCUAAAAGACGGGAAACUUGCAGUUACGACUAAGCCUAAAGCAAAAUCCAUUACGGACAUACAAGUAUGGACUGACGCCUUCCUUACCUUUUCUACGAUUUAUGCAUCCGCUCAUCCCCAUGCAGCGGUAUCUUUGCUCAAAUACAUGCACACAAUACGGUUAGGUGCCAGUCGUAUUAUGGGGUUAGGCUGGCGGGACUAUGACAUGCAGUUCCGACUUAAAAAAGAGCGUAAUCCUGAAUUAUCAUUUGCAGUAGUUGACCAAGAGUUGUGGUUGCUAUAUAUGUGCAACAAACCUAUGACAGUGCAGACUGUGCAGGGAUCAGAACCCAAUCCCCCUGCACUCAAGUGUUAUGGUUUUAAUUAUAAAGGCGCAUGUCCAAGACAACAAUGUCAAUACAGUCACACGUGUAUCCUUUGCUCACAGCCACACCCACACACUAAGCACAAGAAUAUAAUUCACUCUCCAUCAAAUCUUAUGUCGGCAAACACACAGUCAGCAUGGUGCCCUUUGCCCUCAGAAAAUCACGCAGCCCCAAAUACCAAAUACCUAUUAUAG